AAUUUCGAGUUCUUUGUUUUUUUUGGCCAAAAACAAAUUUAUUUGAGUUUGAAUCCCCUCUCGUUAAUCAAAUUAGGGUUUCUUGAAGCCAAAUCGACCAGACAUGGGAGGAGGCAAUGCCCAAAAAUCCAAGAUGGCUCGUGAAAAGAAUCUCGAGAAGGCUAAAAACGCAGCUAAAGGCAGCCAGCUGGAAACAAACAAGAAAGCUAUGACGAUUCAGUGCAAGGUAUGUAUGCAAACGUUUAUAUGCACAACAUCAGAGGUAAAGUGCAGGGAACACGCAGAAGCAAAGCAUCCAAAAUCCGAUGUGUACGCUUGCUUCCCUCAUCUCAAGAAGUGAUGUAUCUGAAGCAAGAAAAUGCCAUAUAUAUAUUAUAGAAUUGUUUGGAAUAUCUUUUCCCUUAUCAUGUAAAACCUCAGCUAUGAUUUUUAAACCCAGGUUGCUGUGUGUGGAACAAUUGGAGAUUUGAUUCAGUCCUGCUUCUCUGUUAAAUAAACAUUUUUACAAACAUAUAAAAUUGUUUGGAAUAUCAUUUCCUCA